CGGCCAUGUUGGCGUGACCCCCGAGCGGUACCGGCGAGGGGCGAGCCCGGGAGCUGAGUUUGCGCGCGUGGCCCCGGCUCCACGCCCAGCCCCCCCGCCAAUCCCCCAUGGCCCCCUGGAGCCGAGCUGCGGUGCUGAGUCUCUACCGGGCUCUGCUGCGCCAAGGCCGGGAGCUACGCUACACUGACCGGGACUUCUUCCUAGCUGCCAUCCGCCGUGAGUUCCGGAAGAACCAGAAGCUCCAGGAUCCCGUGGCCCGGGAGAGGCAGCUGGAAAAGGGCCUGGUCUUCCUCCAGAGCAAACUGGGAGGCAUCAUCUAG